AUGGCGUCCCUGGAGGAAGAGUUGACCUGUUCGUUGUGCCGCGACGUCUUCAGCCAGGCCCAGUCCCUGCUGUGUGGCCACAGCUUCUGCCCGGCCUGCGUACGGGACACCUGGGGGCACAGGAAGGCUGGGGUCAGGGGUCGCUUCACCUGCGCACAGUGCCAGGAGGAACAAGGGGUGGUGGCAUGUGACUGCUGCCCACCUGUGGGGGAAAAGGACCAGGCGGGGACCACCGUGGCGGUGAAGACCUGCCUGCGCUGUGAGGUGUCUCUGUGUGCAGAGCACCUGCAGCCCCACCUGGAGCGGCCCGCCUUCAAGACACACCUGCUGGUGGAACCCCUGGGAGAUCUGACUCACCGCAGGUGUCCCGCCCACAAGGAGAUAUUCCUCUACUACUGUGCAGACGAGCAGGUGUACGUGUGUUCAGAGUGCCUAUUGGAAGGUGGCCAUGCACAGCACCGCAUUAAAGGACUGAGGAAGGUGGAGGAGGACCUCAAGGUCAUCCUCAAGAGCCUUCUCCAGAAAGCAGAUGAAAAGCUGAAUGAAGGUGAACGGAUCCUCCAAGAGCACCAGAACACUGACCUCACUAUAACAGACAUGUCUGUGGCAAAUGACUCCCAGGUGGAACGUAUGGGUGUAGACCUGCAGCUGCAGGUGGAGAGGCUAGUGCUGGCCCUGAGGGAGAGCACCUUGAGGGAGAGGCAGAAGGUCAUGGAGCGCCUGCAGAACGACUGCAGCAGGGUGAGGGUGGACCUGAGUAAGACCCAGGACAUUCACCACUACCUGGCAUCCUUGCUGGAGGAGACAGACCCCUUCCUGCUCAUCUGGGCAUUUCAUUCUGAUGACUCAAGGCUGCUUGUGGAACUGAACUGCCCCCUGUUCACCCCUGACCCUGUCAACCUGGACAGGAAGUACAUUGUGGAGGACAUUGAGAGCAAGCACAGACAGUUCAUCACCGAGACUCUGCACUGUCUCACCGUACUCAAGAGAGAGCUCUCGACAAGUCCGUUGACUCUGGACACUAACUCUGCACAUCCUCUCCUGAGCAUUUCUGAUGGCCUGCGGUCAGCCAUGCGGGUCAAACACCGCCUUCCAUGUGCCACUCACCCCGACCGCUUCGAUCACUGGGCUCAAGUCCUUACCGUCCAGACAUUCUCCUCUGGAACCCAUUACUGGGAGCUGGAGGCAGAAGGCUUCUGGGACAUUGCGGUGUCCUACCGGAGCAUCGGGCGGAAGGGGAAGGUGGGCAAUGCCUUUGGAAUUAACAAGGACCUCCUGGAGGUGUUCAGCAAGACUCGCGCCACCUCCCUCCCUCUGCAUUGUCCCUACAAUUGCGCUAUUGAUCUCCUCCCUGGCACAACACCGCCUCGUGGGCGGCUAUAUUCCCUGUCUGGCAAUGAGACCAAGGCCAUGGAGGAGUACAUUGAGGACUCUCUGGCUGCUGGGAGCAUUCGUCCUUCUGCCUCCCCUGCUGGCGCAGGGUUCUUCUUUGUGGAAAAAAAGGACAAGACCCUAUGUCCAUGUAUGGACUACCGGGGCCUCAAUGACAUCAAGAUGUCUUGGAGCUUGACACAGCAGCAUGAUAGAAAGCUGGCCGCCUGGCACAACCGCAGGAAGACACGCAUCUCCAGUCGAAUGUCGGGCAACCGUGUUGGCGUAGCCCUGGACUAUGGCGCAGGCACCAUCACCUUCUCCGAGGUGGGGCCAUCCAACACCCUGACCUACCUGCACAACUUCACCACCUCCUUCAGCCAGCCCGUGUGCCUGGGCUUUGGCCUCUACAAACCUGAGCUCCAUAGCAGAAUCUCCAUAGUGAGGGUUUGA